UGCUCGGUCUCCUGGGCGGGCGCAAUGCUGGUGAGGGGUUGACUCAGGAUACGCGGCCAGCUUGCGUUGAGGUUUUAGCACCACCUACCUGCCAUCAACAAUCAACAACCCACACACUACUUGCUUGCCAUUUGUUCUUUCUAGUAAUCGCGACAGCAACCAAGACACUGCGUACCUUUCUGAAUUUCAGAUAUCGCCACCCACCUGUUCACCACAAUGACGACGGCGCCACCGGGAGAAGAGGCCACGGAGCUGAGCAAGCAAUAUGAGACCCCCAUGGGCUUGGGUCACACCACCAUGCAGGCGCUCAAGGACAGGGUCAAGCUGCACUACGACCUCGCCAGCGACUACUAUCUCAGCCUGUGGGGAGAGCACAUCCACCAUGGCUACUGGCCGACCGAGGAGAGCAAGACCACCGACUCCAAGGAGGUGGCGCAGGUCAACCUGAUCAAGCUGCUGCUCGACAUAUCGAGCGUCGCCCCGGGCUCGCAGGUGCUAGAUGUCGGCUGCGGCAUGGGCGGCACCGCGCGCUACCUCGCCUCGCAGCACGGCUGCACCGUGACGGGCAUCACCAUCUCGGAUAAGCAGGUCGAGAUUGCUAACCGCCUGACCGCCGCCGCCGCCGAGGCCGAGCGGACUAAGGAGGGCACUGCUGCCGGUGCGCCCGUCGCGCCUGAUGCCGACGGCUUCUACGCGCUUGGCAAGGGCAAAGUCCGCUUCAUGGAGCUGGACGCCGAGAAGAUGGGUGGCCGCUUCCCCGGCGACUUUGACGCCGUCUGGAUCAGUGAGGCCCUGACCCACUUCCCCGACAAGCCGCUCUUCUUCCGCAACGCCCUCGCCGUUCUCAAGCCGGGCGGCCGCGUGGUCCUCAACGACUGGUUCAAGGCGGAGAAGCUCGAUACCCAGGGUUUUGAGAACGAAAUCAAGCCCAUAGAAGAUGGCAUGCUGCUCCCGCCUCUCAUGACUCAGCGCGAGCACGUCGAGAUGGCAACAGCAGCCGGGCUGAGUGUCUUGGCCGCUCCCAAGGACAUCAGCAAGGAAGUGAGCAAGACUUGGGAUAUCACCUGGUCGCUGAUCCAGAAACCCUCGCUUUGGGCCUUUGCCCUGAGCCAGGGUCGCGACGGCAUUGCGUUCCUGCAAUCGUUCCGCGCCAUGAGGCGAGGCUACGCGAACGGAAACUUCACAUACGCCGUCAUGGCGUUCCAGAAGCCGAACUAGAGAGUACACUUGGACCAUGUGAGAGAGUAGAUAUCCAUGGGAGGUGUGCAUACCCUGCGAGAUCGUAGCUUUUGGUCUGUUCCCUAGACAUUUUUUAGCUGCUAUUGCCGGUGUCGGGUGUCACAAUCACAUAGACAUGUGCUCACCUUGUUCUGCUGCCUUGCCUAACCUGCAAUAGAGUUGCGGCUGCCGAGAGGAAAGCCGUAGAUUUGCGCUGCCUCGACGCCAUUUACGGGAUGCGGUCACAAGAAUACAUGCAACAUGGGUCAGAGGAGGAUCCGCCACCGACGGCGUGUUGAGACAUGUAGCCGCGGUCGUUGAAGGCCUCCAACUCCGGGGUUUGUAAGACAGCCCAGCGCAGUAGGACGUCAAAGAAGCUUCAGCGUGGGAUUGCGGCACGUACUUGCCUUUCUCGCCUUGUCUGGUUGAUCAAGUGCCGUCAAGGCAAUCGCUGGGCCGCUAACCAAAUCGUGUUCCGCACUGCCUGCUGCCGUCUGACGCCCACAGCACCAC